AUGUCCUCUCCGAUGUCCCAGAAGUUUUCCCAUCCUCCCACUUCCAAAGCCAACGCGGCCUCCCCCAAGGUGACCUCGGAAGAUGUCGAACUGGCUCCUGUCCACAAUGGCCACGCAGGAUCCAGCAUACCUUUGGAAGAGGAUAUCAUGCAAUGUGCCCGGAUAGGCGCCCUCGAAUACAUCCAGAAAAUGAUCGAGUCGGGCAAAUACGACAUCAAGUAUAGAGACGAUGAAGGAAUCACGCCUCUGCACUGGGCUGCUAUUAACAACCAGUAUGCUGUGUGCAAAUACCUCGUCGAGCAGGGCGCGGACGUCAAUGCAAAAGGGGGAGAAUCGAGUGCCACCGCCAUCAUGUGGGCAUCACAGCGGUGUCACUUUUAUAUUGUCAACCUUUUGCUGCAGAGCGGCGCAGAUCCCCUUUUGACCGACGGCCAAGGAUACAACAUCCUCCAUCUGGCCACUAUAGAUGGGAACGCGUUGCUAUUAAUCCUGCUUCUGCAACAAAACAUCCCUGUCGACAUUCCCGACCCUCAGGGUCAUACCAGUCUGAUGUGGGCAGGAUACAAAGGUUGGCCCGCCUGCGUGGAUCUCCUCCUCAAGUGGGGCGCCAACGUCAAUGCGAGAGACGACAAUGGAUAUACACCCUUACAUUGGGCUUUGGUGAAAGGCUCCAAAGCCUGCUUGGACAAACUCAUCGAGUACGGCGCGGACAGAUUCGCAAAGACCAACGAGGGCAAGACGCCAGCCACCUGUGCGGAGGAAAUGAACACCAAACGAGCCUACUAUCGCUCGUUAUCUGAUCACGGAUACGACCAGUCUGGAAACAUCAAGACCCUCCCCCUCAACCUGCACACCGUGGUCAGAGAUCGUUCGAAAAUGUCCAAAUUCUUCUUUUUGUACCCUUUUUUGAUCAUCAUGGUCGGCCUGUACAUUAUCAGUCACCUCAGCGUCUUCAUUGGAGUUCCGUUAUUUUUGAUUGUCUGCCUGGGAAUGCAGUAUGCGGCGCAAAGGGUUGCGAUGAUCGGCCCGCUAGAAUUUCGCGCCAUCCACAAAACACCCUAUUUGGCUGGCAUUUUUGCUGGGACGCUCUUUUGGGUGGGAGUCAGUUACGUGACCUCGAUACUACCGACGACAUUCUCGACGAGUCCUUUCACGGCCGUCUGUUUCGCUGUCUUUUACGCCGCUACAGCGUACUUUUAUUUCCUCUCCAUGGUGGAAGACCCUGGGUGGAUACCGAAACUUUCUUCACGGAACCAGCAACGAGCGGUGAUCGACGAGCUAUUCUCCCUGUGGAAAUUUGACGAAGACAACUUCUGCGUGCAGUGUAUGAUUCGGAAACCCCUGCGUUCGAAGCACUGUCGCCGGUGUAACCGGUGCGUUGCAAAACAGGACCAUCACUGUCCGUGGAUCGACAAUUGCGUGGGGAACAACAACAUUCGCCACUUUUACAUCUACAUCCUCAGCAUGGCGAUUGGGAUCAUUCUCUAUGUCCGCCUUGUCUUGUUCUACCUUGCUCUCCUCCCGGCGCCCUCGGACGACGCCCUCGCUCAAUGCCACGUCCUCUCUGCUUCAUUAUGUACCUUCGUCCUCCGUGACCCUUGGACUGUGGCACUGACAUUUUGGACCUGCCUCCAGCUCGUUUGGGUGGUCAUGCUGAUUGCGGUUCAAACGAUUCAGAUCUCGAAGAAUCAAACCACGUAUGAGAAUAUGAAGAGCCACGAUAGGGUGCACGACCACCACCGUCCUUUACUCCCGACCCAUAACCACCCCAUCACUCAAGGCGCCUCUGCAGCUGCGACUUCUCUGAAUGACAGCGCUGCCGCGUCCUCCCGUCUUCACCCGGCUCCCCGCCGGCCCGACGGCUGUUUCACACGAUGGACCAAGAUCCUCGGUCUCGACGCCUUUCUGGUGACUGCCAGCGACGCGUCACACGGCCAGCUGCAAUCUCGCAACUCCAACCCCUUCAGCCGUGGUAUUGUGGGCAACUGUCAAGACUUCUGGUGUGAUCCGGCUCCCCUGUUUCGGCGGAGGAAGAACGGCGUGGGCUAUUUGGGCGGAGAAGUGGUGGACUAUGCACAUAUGUACGAGGUGCCUUUGAAGUUGAGAACGACGACGGGUCGGGGCAUGCGAUAUGAAAGCGUUGCUGGUGAGGAUGUAGACGAGGUAUGA